CAAAACAACCAAUGUUUUCAAUAUGGCGGCGUAUAUCAGAACGACAAGGAGUUGUCAAUGAUGGAAAGAACGGGCAUGAUUUUACAGGAACAUUGGCUGGACAGUAGCGAUGGGAAAGAGUUAUUUGCAAGCAUCUUGCGAAGAAACAGAAGAAGGAUAUUUGGCUUGAUCGAAACACCCAAUUUGCCACCCAAGGUUAAUAUUGAAGAAGUCUCUUACAAAAUCUUUUUACUUGGAAAAGCAGGUGUUGGGAAGACAAGUCUUGUUUCAAAGCUGGUUGGUACAGCUAUUCCAUCUUACCAUAAAGAAACUCCUGGUAUUCAAAUGUCAGUUGUUUACUGGCCUGCCAAGCUUAGAAAUACUCAGCAGCUAAAAAUUUUCAAGCUGAUCUUCUGGGAUGCAGGAGAGACAUGUUUGAAAAAGUUCGACCAUAUUGAAAAAGCAUGCAAGGAAAAUGCUGAUGCUGUUAUUUAUACAUUUAGUCUACAAAACAGAACAAGUUGGAAAGACUUAGAGCCUCUUAUAACGAGAAGCGAAGUAGAUGACACAGUGCUCAAGCUAGCUGUUGGAACUAAAUAUGACCAGAUUGAUCCAAAAGACAGCAUUCUUGAAGAAAUUCGCAAUUUUGAGCAGGCUUGGAAAAUACCGGUCUUAAAGAUUGCCAAUGUGGAUGGUCCUAUGUUGCCUGAUGGCAAGUCUCUUGACGGUAGAGCUAGCAUCAAGGAAAUAGCCCCAUUUCUCAAUAACUUGGUUUCAUUACUGUGGAUGCACGAUCAAACCGCAGAUGAAGCUUUGAAGCGGUCGAGUGCUGUUAUAACUAUGACGUCAUCGACAUCUUCUGGAAAGUCUAAAAUAAGCCAAAGUGGUGUCAGAAUGCCAGUUGAUGAUGAUUACGAUGACCGGAGCAGCAACCACAGCAGCGCGAGUAGCAGUCGCAGAUCGGUGUCACCUAGUGAUUAUCGCCUAUCUUGGUUAGAACCGAAAAAAGCAACGAUCAACUUAUUGAACCAUCAAGCGGCAGACAGCCUGUCGCUCGGGCUAGAAAAUUUGCACUCAGUGGCAGUUACAUACAAGGCUAAAGACCCGAAUUGGUGUCUCAAACCUUUUUUUUUGCGCAGACAUUUUGGGGACUUUAGGCAAGAUGGAAGUGAAAGUUUUCUACUCGCAGCCAUUUUGACACCACUUGCAGAGCUUGAGCCUAGAAAACUGAAAUGGAUCAUAAUUACGCCAACGCCUAUCCAAAACAUGCAUGCUGUACAAGCUGGCCCGUUAAAGCGCUCCUUAUUAAAACUACAGGAGUACGUUUUCCUAACGCUAAUGUGGUGACAAUGUUAUAUAGUCUCAAUAUUUUACAGAAAAGCUUUUAGAUGCUGAGGGCUGGCAAAAAACCAGUUCCUCGCUCCGUUGUAUUGCGCGAGAAGAGCUUUUGCACAGUUUCCCUCCCUUAAAAGUCUACAAGUUGCCAAUAAUGCAAACCACGAAUCUUGAAGUUAUUUUUAACUGAUUCUAUUUCCUUAUUUCUACUUCCCAGUUCCCAUGGUUACUUGUUGAUGCAGCUCUACCAUUUUGAAGUUUCCCUAUUAUCGGUAACUUAUUGUACGUCACAGCCUUAUUCUAGUUUCUGUGAAGGUUCUUAUACCUCGAAAUAAUCUUUGUACAUUUCAGUGUGAUCUGUCAUUUCAGUGUGAUAUUCAAUAGAUAAUCUCAAUUGAAUAAAAUAAAAAAAACAAAUCAUAUUACCUUUCCUCUAGAAUGUUCUUGGCAAGGUUUGCUGAGAUUGAAACUAGAUGUUGAAAUAAAGAGAAACAGUACUUUCAUAGCCAAAUUUUACGCAUUUCAGAAUGAAGAAAGGGUGGGCAGAAUUAAGAGAAAUAACUAGAUAACUGAUCAGUUGAAGAUGAAAAGCUGCUGGUAUAUGCUUAAAAUGUCUACUUGUUAAACUAGCUAUUUUUCUAGAACUAGUUAUUUUUCAGAUUCAGAUGUAAGUUAGCCUGUGCAGGGCAAACUUUGCUCAGCCAAUCGGAUAAUUUUAUUUUCACAAUCAAACCAUGACAGAUUACCACUCAAACAGUGCUUCAUCCUUUCAGCGUAGCAGGUAGCCGUUUUUUCACCCAAGAGUGCAAUCCCCAUUUUUAGCCAAAAUAAAUACUUUCAUGGGAUUGAAAAUAAAAGACACCUGUAACAAGCACAGAAGUCUUAAAUUUCAACUAGUCUUUAGGAGUUUUCCUUGAUGGGAAGUAGCUUUGACUGGACGUUAGCACAUGACUUCAUUACUUUGAGAGAUAAAUUCCAUUGCUUUGCGUUGCAAAGAUAAAACAAAUAGAAGGGAGGCGAGGAUGAGCCUUGGCGACUAAGAGAUCAAGAACUUUGUGACCUACUUUCCAGUCAAAAAGCCUACAUAAUUAAAAGUGAACAAUUUUUUUGCGGUACAGAACUUGAAAAUGGCUUUGAAAAAGCAAGCAUUUCACGAUAUAUUACUAAAAGUUUUUCGUUUGACACUCCUCAGAGUAUAAAACGUCAGAAUAAGUGUCCGAAGGAACACGACCGUAAAUAGGCCAAUCAGAAAACGCAAGCACGUGACCAGCAUAGUUGAACAAUCAGUGCUACGUGCCUACAGGUAAAUUACCAAUGGGGUCCAAGAGGGAAAACGAACUCCUUCUGUCUACACAAUGGCGGCUUUUUCGUUUGUAUGUAGAUCGAUUCCAUAACUGCUAGAUGAAAAGACGACUGGGCUCUGCCAUUUAAAAGUCUACGAUGGUUUAUUAUGUUUGUGUUUACAAGCUUUUUUCGAUUGGAAUGAUAGGAAUCAAAUUAAGCAAAAUAGACCAGAAAUUUACUAUAGGUAAAGUGUCGAAAUGAAAUAGGUGUCAAAAUAGACGAAUAUUUCCCACCUGAACCUCCCUAAUCUGUCGUUACUGAUUAAAAGAUUUCAUAACUUUUAUUUGACAUUUUCUUCAUGAAAACCUUGAAGAAACUAAGCAAAAAUCAUGAAAUAUUGCCAGGCAAUCAAUGGCUAAUAGUUCUAACAAAAGUUAUCUAUAAUUUAUAAACUCAGACAAGUAUUAUUAUGAAAUUUCGUUUGUCGUUUCCUCAUAUUCAAAGUAUUUUGAAAAUACAGUACAUCACUCAUGUUUAAUUAAAUCCACUAUCGUUUAACGUCUGCAAUUUACAACCAGCAAGAACAUAGAGCGCUUAGAAUAGAUUGCAUUUUUACAUAUCUGUCUAGCUUAGCUAGUUGCUUGCUACCCUUUUAGAUAUCUUAACACGACUUUAAUUAUUUCUUGAGAUAACCCUCAGUGGAAAAAACUCGACACCCUUACCGUUAUUGAUAAAUCACAGUAGAUUUUUAACUUUCUCAGUCAAUGUUGUCUGCUUUCAUAAUUUCUCAGAACCCUACCUGCGCAGAUUAUUCAAAAUGGCUUCUUUCAAAGUGGGUGUAUAUAUUUAAGGGUGUAAAAACCAGAAUAAAGUAUACAAAAUUAGAUAUAAGCUUUCAUAUAUUGUCAAGAUGCUUAGAAACAAGGUUUUAUUAUUUAGCUGGAUAUUUUCAAAAAACCCAAAUGCAUACAUUUUCAAUUAGUAAUUGGCGUAGUCAAAAUAAUAUGGGUUGGGAGGGGGGAUGGGGAGGGCAGUCCUCGGAAUUUUUCAAUUUUCUACCAAACGUUCUCUUAUAAGGUACUGCUAGUUAAGGUAAUUCCAAAACAUCUUUAAGGCUGGAAUGUUUGCAUACCAAGAAUGGUUUUGUAGAUUGCUUUUUAUAAGAGAAAAGGACAUGUACAAAAAUAUUCUCUCGGAGUCCUCGCCCAAAGCCCGUAACCUCUGUACUCGUCAACAUUGUUUACUCUGGUCCCCUGUUGCACGUAGGGUAUGUAAUUAAUGGUAAUGAAAUUUGGAGUUAAUAAUAUUUUUAUUACAUCAUUAAGCCCUUUUGAAAUUCAAAAUGUGCUGAUUCGAUUUAUAUAAGCUUUUUUAUCGCGUUACAGGUUUAGUCGUAAAUCGUUAAAUAAUUGUGAAAUGGCUGUGGGAGGCCCUUUAAUCAAUCAGUGAGCUAAUUAAAAUGACCCCUUUGAGGUACAAAGGACCUUUUACAAUAUUAUUCAAAAUUUCUAAAGGUCUUGUUUUAAAUUUAUUUGAUGAACUCAAAGGUCACAUGGCUAGUGUUCAUUAAAAAGAUCACUCUUUUGCAUCUACUGUGAUCUUGAAAUCCAAUCUUAUUCUCAAAGCCUGUUUUUUAUUCAUAAAAUCCAUAUAUUAGAUCAUGGAUAUAUGAGCUAUGAAGGCAGGAUAUCAACAUUGUGUGUAGUAUGCCGUGCAUAGACAACUGAGUUUGCAGAGGAAUACGCAAGAACUCAUACUGCUUUUCAGUACAGUGCCUAAUUAGGGAUUUUUUGAAUACAUGGAUUUCGCGCUGGCAACAGUACAAGAAGCUCGUGUUGUUGCUCUAACAGAGUGCCGAUCCUGGGUUUACAAUACACACAGCCCUAGCAAUGAUUAUGGCCCCUCCUAACGCAUGUACUACAAAGAAGAGGAUGUAUGCAGAGUCAACUCAACAAUCGAGAUGAUGUUAAGUAAAUGAAUAUAGUCCACAUUAUGAGAAAUGCUGACCAGUACAGACAUCAGUCGGAUAACUUGAAGUGUAAACAUAACUGAAAGCUGCUCAAGAAUAAUAAC